AAAAGCUGAACCGAAGAUCCGAAGCAUUCACUUCCCCAUGCAGUUUCAAAAUAUUUGUCAUUGUCAUAGUGAAGAUUGUCUAUGUUGGACAUCAUUUUUUUUAACCAAAGCAGUUUUGUUUCCCUUUGUUCCUUUGAGGAAAGGCUGGAUCUCUGUGUUUGGAACAGGACUAAACAAAACCCCACUAUUAGCAGUGUGUCUGUGGUUAUAAUGCUGACGCUUAUUGGUCUGACAGAGUAAACACUUCUAUUGUCCGGUACAUAAAGCUGUUUACAGAUAGCGGUGAGCCACUGAACUCAUCAACUAUUAAGUAACUCCGGUUGUAUUUGGUCAAACUGAAAGCUCUUAGCUUUUAGUGAUCGUUUUAAAGGGUGUUAUUAGAUUAAGCUACAUUGUUUUGCUUACACAGGAGUAAUGCUAAAUACGGAAUAGAAAGGAAUAGAAAGUUUUGCUUCCCUCAGCCUGUGAAUUACUCAUAUUAACUCUCAGUCACAAGAAGUUUUUUAGACUGCAUCUUUAUCUUUGAGGACAGCUGCAUUUUUGGGCUUGGAGACAAAAUGUACUUGAUCGGCUAAAAGCCAAGCUAUUUUCCUGACAGGGAAGACACUGGGACUAGGAUAUGACACGGAUGAGAGGAGGAUACUCCCAACAGAUUGAAAUUACAAGAGCUUUUGAAACGGGCACUAGUGUCAGGGGAAGCUGAUUGGAAGGUCUACAGGAAGUGCUUGGGACAGAUGCUUGAGAAAAUCCAAUGGACAGGGUGUUCUUCUGCUGGGAUAUUUGAACCAUCUGUGCCAUUUCCUGCCCACACUUCAGAGAGGGAGUGAGGGGAACAUUCCAGGGUGGAUGUUCUGUCUAGACAUUUGGUAGACAUUUUCAAACAGAUUUCAUCAUUAAAUCUUUUGUGAAUAUACAGAGCCAGCAAUAAAUCGUUGUUCAAGUUUUUUCGUCCGACCGGCUGCCACACUAAUUUGGAGUUUUAUUUGAAUAAUUUGUGUGCAAACACAAUGCAGAAAUAUGUUGGAUUGGAUAUCCCAUCCUUAUUAAGACUAGAAAUAUACACGGUGUGAGAGAAUUGACAGACUGUACAUAUGAAGUGCUUAUUCCUUACAAAGUGAAUUUUGUUAAUGUUUUGGAACCCACUAUUUUAAUACAUACUUAUGACUAACAUAUUCGUACUAAAGGUAAAAAAAUAGCUUUUGAUUUAGCCUAAUUAAUUCAAAAAUUAUUUAAAUUCAUUUUUAUAAAAGAAAAAUGAAAUAUUUUUGGUCUUACUGAUGGUAUUCAGAGUCAAAUUUACACGGGUGAAGGAAGAUAAUGAUACAGGAGGAGUUAUGGAGCAUUUCUUUAAAAAAAAAACCCUUUGUGAGGGUCACCACAUGAUUCUGUUCUGCUUUUUGACUGCAUCAACCCUGGCACAAUGAAACCGGUCUGUGCCAGUGCAUUGUUGAUGGUAACCCUUGCAGUGCUGACAACUGCUUGACCAGUGACAUGCUCUCUGUCUGACUUCUGGGGCCCAGGGGCCGAUCACAGAGGCUGCCAUGGAAACCAGUAGUACAUGUGACAACAUGACUGUGCUUACGCAUGAUUGGCCAGUCCAAAUGUCCACAUACUGCGAGCAGUUUGAGUGUGUGGAUGGGGUAGGAAAUUAUGAUAUUGUGAAUAAUGUCAUUAUUCCAACCUCAGGAACAGCAGAGCCCAGGCCACAGAAUUCAUUGCGGCAGAGCUGGGAAAUGAACUACCAGGAAGCAGCAAUAUACCUGCAGGAAGGAGAGAAUAAUGACAAGUUUUUUACUCAUCCACGGAGUGCCCAUGCGCUCAGUGCCUACCUGUUCGCUCAUAAUCAUCUCUUUUACAUGAUGGAGCUGCUGACUGCAGUGCUACUCAUGUUACUGUCCCUUGCCGAGGCUCCUGCCGUCCCUUUCCUCCGCCUAGAUGUCUAUGUUCAUGCUACGCUGGAGUUGCUGGCGUUGGCGAUGGUGGCCUUUGAGUUGUGUAUGAAGCUCCGAUGGCUUGGCUUUCACACCUUCAUAAGACAUAAGAGGACCAUGGUGAAGACAAGUGUCCUGUUUCUUCAGUUCAUUGAGGCGAUUGUGGUCUUAGUUCGGCAGACGUCCCACCUGCGUAUAACAAGAGCCUUGCGGCCCAUCUUUCUGGUGGACUGCAGAUACUGUGGAGCUGUUCGCAGAAACCUGCGGCAGAUAUUUCAGUCUCUUCCGCCUUUCAUUGAUAUCCUCCUCCUGCUGCUUUUCUUCAUGGUCAUCUUUGCCAUUCUGGGAUUUUGUCUGUUCUCCAGCAACACGGCCGACCCUUAUUUCAACACACUGGAGAACAGCAUUGUGAGUCUGUUUGUCCUUCUGACCACUGCAAAUUUCCCAGAUGUGAUGAUGCCGGCAUAUUCAAAGAAUCGCUGGUCGUGCAUUUUCUUUAUCGUGUAUCUGUCCAUUGAGCUCUACUUUAUCAUGAAUCUGCUCCUGGCGGUAGUUUUUGACACCUUUAACGGAGUUGAGAAGAUGAAGUUUAAAUCUCUGCUUCUGCACAAGCGAUCCGCCAUUGAGCACGCCUUCCAGCUGCUAGUUAGUCGACAGAGGCCGGAUGGAGUGUCGUUGAAGCAAUUUGACGGACUGAUGCGAUUCUAUCGUCCACGAAUGGCCGCGCGGGAUCGUUUCCUCACUUUUAAGGCCCUAAACCGAUCAGGCGCAACCAUGCUGAGUCUCCCAGACUUUUAUAAGUUUUAUGAGGUGAUCGGGCUCAAAUGGAAGGCUCGACGAAGUGGCGAAUACUGGUUCGAUGAACUUCCCCGUACUGCAUUCCUCAUUUUUAAAGGAAUAAAUUUACUUGUGAAAUCCAAAGCCUUCCAGUAUGCAAUGUAUCUGGUAGUAGCGAUUAAUGGAAUCUGGAUCUUGGUGGAGACCAACAUGUUAAAUGAUGGAGUCUCAUGGACACGUGUUGUCCCCUGGAGUUACAUUGUCUUCCUUACAAUUUAUGGAGUCGAGGUCUUGUUGAAGAUCACAGGUCUUGGUCCUAUGACAUAUUUCAGUUUAGGAUGGAACCUUUUUGAUUUCUCUGUGACAGUCUUUGCCUUUCUGGGAUUGAUUGCUCUGGCCUUCGACAUGGAGCCGUUCUACUUUAUUGUGGUGUUGAGACCUCUUCAGCUCCUCCGGUUGUUUAAAAUCAAGCAACGUUAUCGAAAUGUUCUGGACACAAUGUUUGAACUCUUCCCACGUAUGGCCAGUCUAGGUCUGACUCUGAUUAUCUUCUAUUAUUCCUUCGCCAUCGUUGGAAUGGAGUUUUUCGCCGGUGUCGUUUAUCCAAACUGCUGCAACACAAGCACCGUUGCUGACGCAUAUCGUCAGAUUAAUGUAACGGUUGGCAACCGGACAGUGCUGGAAGAGGGAUAUUACUAUCUCAAUAACUUCAAUAACAUCCUGAGCAGCUUUGUCACUUUAUUUGAACUAACAGUUGUGAACAACUGGUACAUCACUAUGGAAGGCAUUACGUCCCAAACCGCCCAUUUGAGUCGCCUCUAUUUCAUGACCUUUUACAUUGUCACUAUGGUCGUAAUGACAAUAAUCGUGGCCUUCAUCCUGGACGCAUUCGUCUUCAGAAUGAACUACAGUCGGAAAAACAGAGAGCCAUUGGGAGACCCGGAAGAAGAGAAAGGGAUUGUAUUUGAGACAGAGGUGUCACAGACCGAAGCUCUUCAGACUCUGGACUUGUAUAGACACACGCUACGCAUCACAAACCUAAGCUCACUUCAGAGCAUGUAUGCGGCUCUGGAGCGGUCCGGGCAACCCUCACUAAUAUUUGUGGGGCGAAGGUCGCGUACCAAGAGCGACCUCAGCAUGAAGAUGUAUGAGGAAGAGAUUCAGGAAUGGUACGAAGAAUUUUCCAGAACAAACCUUCAACCUGAUGAGACAUUCCACCAAAGUCUGAACAGCCCUGAAGUCAGCACAACAGACAGCAUUAAUUAACUCAUACACACACUAUGAACCCUGCAAAAGCAUUAACUAACACACUCACUCAUACCUCUGAGAGACACUGGGGAUCGUCUUCCUCCUAUUGAUGGACACAGGUGCUCACCGUGGCAACUCUUUUUCUCCCUCCUUCCACAUGGAGACCCAUAGAAAAUCUUCACUUAAAGCCUUAUUCCCUCCCCAAAAAUGGUUCCAUGGCCAAUCAGGGAAGCUUUAAGAGCAAUCACGUGACAUGCACUAUAUGUCCAGGAACCUUUUUUCCACACGAAUGCACCUCAUGACAUUUGCCUUGUUUUGGAAGACCCUGAAUGAUAAAGACUCUCGUGGUUUUGACAACUGAGACCAGUGACUGAAUGUUGUUCUGAGAGAUGAAUCAAAACUGAAUGUGAGGAUUAUAGCACUGUUCAAGUUCUCCAGAGUCUGAGGUAUUGCUUAACCAACAGAUCAACAAUAAUAGUUAUAAUAAACUAAUGCUGAUUUUAAACUAAAGCUGCUUUUUUGCUGGAACAUUUGGACCUAUCGAGAUGCUAGUUUUAUCAUUGUAUUGAAUAUAUACAGAUUUGAGCAUUUAAAGGUGCAAUGUGGGACUUGUAGCGGGAUCUUGCAACCAACGGCUAAUUUCACAGCUAACCUCUCCUUUUCAAAACGCAUUGUGACGCUAUGGUAGCCUCCAUAGGACAAAAACAGGUGUUUCUCAAGCGCAAGGACGUGCCCUAGGCAGGCUGUUUUCUUUCUAGUUCAGUCCUUCUGACAGUCCUCCACAACUUUAAAUGCUAGAAUGAGACGGUUUAAUAAGUGUUCAUAUGGCAACGUCAAAACGGUUUCCGCCCCCGUGGUCUUGUCAUGAAACUUUUAAGUGAGAAGUCAAAGGGACACUCCAAUUUUUUUGAAAAGAGGCUCAUUUUUCAGCUUCCCUAGAGUUAAAGGAAUAGUCCAUUUUCUUAAAAGAAAAUCCAGAUAAUUUACUCACCACCAUGUCAUCCAAAAUGUUGAUGUCUUUCUUUGUUCAGUCGAGAAGAGAUUAUGUUUUUUGAGGAAAACAUUGCAGGAUUUUUCUCAUUUUAAUGGACUUUUAAUAGAGCCCAACAUUUAAUACUUAACUCAACACUUAACAGUUUUUUUCAACGGAGUUUCAAAGGACUAUAAACGAUCCCAAACGAGGCAUAAGGGUCUUUUCUAGCGAAACGAUUGUCAUUUUUGACAAGAAAAAUAAAAAAUAUGCUCUUUUAAACCACAACUUUUCGUCUAGAUCCGGUCGUGAUGCGUCAGGGUGACCCCACGCAAUACGUCAAGAGGUCACAGAGGACGAACGCGAAACUCCGCCCCAGUGUUUACAAGUGUGUUGAAAGAGGACCGUUCCAUUGUGAUUUAUUUAAUUUAUUUUAAAAAAUCAAGAAAACCAUAAAUGUCUUUGUGCGUACAACAUGUUUUGUCUUACAUUUCACACUGAUAUUGGAUGAGCUCUGUGCCCAACUCGUUUCUUACCAAUGUUUGGCUUAUAUUUUAGAAUUAAUUUGGGUGAUGCAAGUGUCAAUUUGAUUCUCAUGAUAUUUUUUGAAUGUGUGCAAAGGAUUGUGGGUGAUUUAAGGGCACGAACGAUACAGUUCAUACAUGCUUUAAAAGGGCGCAUCCUCGUGAUCUGGGAAACAAAAUGCGCUUUAUAGAACAGUUUGUCUAUUUAGGGGUAUUGCAGAAACAUGGAUCCAACUUUCAUGUAAGGAGACCUGCGGUUUAUGUAGAUAAAAACGGGUCAUUCAAAGUUAUAAAAACAAUACAGUUCAUUAUGUAAGGUCUUUAUACACCACUGAUAAUAUAGUAAUGUAUAUUAUAUUGCAUUUCUGUCAGGAGAUCCGUCUUAAAGUCCCACAUUGCACCUUUAAAACACCAAUACAUCCACUGACUUUUUGUACUGAUGAGUGAUAGAAAAUCUGUCCUGGGCCUUUUCAGUUCAUUCAAAAUGUUAUGUUUGUCAUCCUAUUCUCAUGUUUGUAAUCCUCAUCCACAAAUGCUCUGCCUUUUGUGUGGUAUAAAUUUUGGACUGUCGUAAUGCAAGUGUUAAGGUUUACCCAAGACUAUAUUCUGAAUAAGUCUUUCCUUAAAUCUAAAUUUUCCUCUUAAACAGAGGUUUUAAACAGUGUUUCAAAACUAAUUUUAUUUAUUAAUAGUAAGAUAAGCAAUAGUAUUACAUGUAUAUCACCUGCUACACUGUAAAAAAAAAAUGCAGCAUGAGGUUAAAACAACUUGUUUUGGUUUUGUAAGUCAAUUCAACCUACUAUUUUUAAUUUUGACCUUUGAUAAGUUGACAUAACUUAUAAAAACAAGUUGAAUUUUUUAACUUUAUUUUUAGGUAAAGUAAACAAAGUAUUUGUUGAUUUGACAAAAAUGCUGCAUUUUUUACAUUGUACCUGCAUUGUUGUAUAAUGUUAUUUAAUGGGAAUUAUUAGAAUUUACCAAGAUAUUAAUACGUUUUUACUUCCAACUUGGGCGUUCACUUAUGACGGGUAAUUUAAGCACAAAUUGUUGGUUGUUUAAAUGCACUGUAAGAUGCACAGCCUAAACGCUCAAAAUGUAAGGGAACAUGCUGCAGACGUGGCAAAAGCAACCCCACACCAGCUCCUCGUACUGUUGGAUGUACCCAUCUCAGUUCUCUGUCUUUUUGUACAUGUACAUUAUAAUAACACAUAUCUAGUAAAAUAUGCAUUUUAAUUAA